AUGAGUAAACCAGGACAGCCUCCACCAGUAGCACAAUUCAACCCGGUACCAAAGAUUAUAAACGGUGGCAUUGCGGGAAUCAUUGGUGUCUCCGUCGUGUUCCCCUUGGAUCUUGUGAAGACGCGAUUGCAAAAUCAAACUGUCGGACCAAAUGGAGAGAAACAAUAUAAGAACAUGCUGGAUUGUUUCCGCAAGACUUAUGCGGCGGAGGGUUACUUUGGCAUGUACAGGGGAUCAGCAGUUAACAUCAUCCUCAUCACUCCAGAAAAGGCCAUAAAGCUCGCUGCCAAUGACAUGUUCCGUUUCUACCUUACACUGCCGGAUGGAUCACUGCCAGUAUUUCGUCAAAUGAUCGCCGGUGGCAGCGCAGGCGCUUGCCAAAUUGUCAUCACAACUCCUAUGGAGCUGUUGAAGAUUCAGAUGCAGGACGCUGGAAGACUCGCCGCGCAAGCUAAAGCGGAGGGCCGAAAAUUCGAACGAGUCACAGCUAUGCAAUUGACUCGUAAGCUGGUGGCGGAGCGCGGUAUUUUUGGGCUUUACAAGGGUAUCACGGCAACUGCGGCGAGAGAUGUGUCAUUCAGUAUUGUCUAUUUCCCAUUAUUUGCGACACUCAACGAUCUUGGGCCCAAAGAGCCGGGUGCCGCUGCGCCACCAUUUUGGUGGUCCUUCGGAUCGGGUUGUGCGGCUGGGUCAACGGCCGCGCUCGCAGUUAACCCCUUCGACGUUGUAAAGACUCGAAUGCAGACUCUGACAAAGGGAAGUGGCGAAAGACAGUACACCUCCAUCCUAGAUUGUAUCACGAAAACCCUAAAGUUUGAAGGGCCAACCGCCUUCUUCAAAGGCGGGGCGUGUCGUAUGAUUGUCAUAGCCCCGCUCUUCGGAAUUGCGCAAACCAUCUAUUAUCUAGGUCUAGCCGAGAACUACCUAGGCAUUAAAUAA